UGUUCAUUCGCUUGCUCUUUUAUCCACAGACCCCUCUUUUCCUCUAUUUUAAAAGGUAACGCAUGCCCAGACUGUAGUAGUCGGCCUAGCCCUGCUGGAUAAACGCUGGACAGAUCACAGGAGGAGAAGGACGAUGCUGUUGGACACUGAUCGACCAGUGAUGAACCGCUGGCUCAGACACGCUCACACUGUUUGAUUGCAUAGUGCACACGGUACACGGCCUAGCACUGGUGUCAGAACCCGCCAUGUAAACGCAUGCGACUAACGCAAUGCCAGCAAUGCUCCCGGCACUUUCUCUUUUGUAUAUGUAGCCGAAACGCAGUUUUUCGCCAGCAAAAUCUACCAUGCAUCUUAUGUACACUCUGGACGCCGAGGGCAAGCGUGUUUACACCCUGAAGAAGGUCACCGAUGCCGGUGAGGUAACAAAGUCCGCGCACCCGGCGCGGUUCUCGCCCGACGACAAGUACUCGCGGCAUCGCGUUACUCUGAAGAAGCGGUUCGGCCAGCUGCCGACCCAGCAGCCUGAGAUCAAGGUGUAAAAUGUGCUUUUUGAGAAUACGAAUAGACCCGUC